AGCUGCGUCUGCUGUAGCCGCCCCCUCCUGUAAGCCAUGCCGGUGCACCUGAGCCUGUGGACCGGGCCCUUGAGCCUGCGGGAGGUGGGGGAGAAGCCGCAGCACCCUCUCAGCGUCAAGUACGCUGACUGCGAGAUCCUCGAGCUGGGCCAAGUGCUGACGCCCACGCAGGUGAAGGGCCAUCCAGUCAGCAUUGGAUGGCAGGGCUGCGACUCCUCCAAGCUCUACACUCUGGUCCUCACAGACCCAGAUGCUCCCAGCAGGAAGGACCCCAAAUUCCGGGAGUGGCACCACUUCUUGGUGGUCAACAUGAAAGGCAGUGAUGUCAGCAGCGGCGAGGUCCUCUCGGAUUAUGUGGGCUCCGGCCCACCCAAGGGAACAGGUCUUCACCGCUAUGUGUGGCUGAUUUAUGAGCAGAAUGGGCCACUCAAAUGCGACGAACAUGUCCUGAGCAACCGUUCCGGGGACCACCGGGGCAAAUUCAAGGUGGCUGCCUUCCGUGGCAAGUACAAGCUCGGGUCCCCAGUCGCUGGUACGUGCUACCAGGCUGAAUGGGACGAUUAUGUGCCCCGGCUCUACGAGCAGCUGGCCGGGAAGUAGGCCCUGUCAUCACGUGACCCCUCCCCAGGCAGUGGCUGUGUGAGCAAGCACCCCUCCCUCUUAUUCUCACAGGUUUGACUUGUUCAGUCCCCAACUUGCAUGGAGUCUUUUCCUUCUGAUGGGGGGAGGGGUCCCUGGGUGGAGGAUAUGGGAACUUGCUGGCUUGGGUGGGGAGGGGAAUCAAGAUGUUAGUAAAAGUCGUGAUUUGAUUCCUAGCGUCCUAGUGGAGAAAUAAAAAUAGUCUGUAAAGAUGCUGUUAGCUGAGCAGA